UUGGGCAGAGCAUGGAGUUAGAGCAAGAGUAGAAUGGAGUGAGGUACGGUGACCCAGCACUACCAAGACUACCAAAAUCUUUAGUUCUUUACGCCCUUACAACACCGUUGUAAACGAAACUUCUUGUAGGGCGGUGAUCAGCAUCCGUUGAGAGGUGAAGUUGCGCUACCACGUCGCGCGAUUGCAGCGAUUGACCUGCAAGGUAGGAGAACACAAGCUGGAAGGUCACAGUAUCAGAGCUUUGUGAAGCUUUCUCCACGGCGGUGAGACCGUUGAAUGCCGCGUGGCAAAAAAGAAAUACUAUUUUAUUGACAGACCGCGGCUCUUUUUGAGGCAUGUUCUCCAGCGCUUGACCUUGCCAAACUAAAAUCGCUGGAAAACACAACUACCUACGUGUGGCAUCCCUACUGGAAUAUACGGCGGCUCCUUUUUAUAGCUCCGGCAUCAGGCCUCAUAUCAACGAAUAUUUUCGGGUCAUCAACUCGACCUGUUCUGCGUUUCAAGGCUGAUACGAUUACGGCAGUUCGGCGUGAACGAGAUCUCGGAUCUGAUCACAGCCUUUGCAUUUUAGGUGGGCCCACUCGCUGCUCGUUGGCCUAACCGCCCUUUACUUCCGGGUGGCGAUGUCUCAGCAAGAUCAACAUGGUGAUAUUGCCUAAGACUGUGGGGCGCAUUUGUGCCUGCAGUAGCAGGGCAGUAUUGCAGAUCUAUCAAGUUGUUUUCCUGUACGGACUCCUUGCUACUGUUUGGUCCCAAUCUGUGCAAUUCGACCUAACUGACAUACGACUGGUUGGAGGGCCCGCCAACGCCCCUAACUCCGGUCGAGUGGAGGUUCUGCAUGCCUCCUCCGGGAACUGGCUGAACGUGUGCGAUGUGAACUACUGGGGCGACAACGACGGGACCGUGGCGUGCCGCCAGCUGGGUUUCCCGGGCUACUCACGGACGAGACGGGAGUCCUACUUCGGUGAAGGCUUGAACAACGGCUCUGUGGGAGGAAUAGGGUGCAACGGGGAUGAAGAAACCCUCGGGGAGUGCGCCCAUCAACCGGUGCAGGAAUACACCGGCUGCAGCGGCCGAGUUGCUGGCCUGAUAUGUACCGUACCGGGCUUUCUCGGAUGCUACACUGAUGACAGGAACAACCGUGUGUUUACUGACCCGCGCUUCACCGCCGACAACCUGACCAUCGGCCUGUGCCUGGAGCGCUGCCGGGGGCAAGGAGCGCGCUACGCCGGCCUGGAGAACCGGCGCGACUGCUACUGUGGGGCGGAGGGGACGCAGAUCGACAUCCAUGGCCGGCUGCGCGACCGGGACUGCCGGAGCGCGUGCACAGGGAAUCCUGACGAAGUAUGUGGCGGGGGUGGCAAGCUUUCCAUCUACGACCUGACGCUGGGAUACUGCACGGACCCGGGGACCCCGGCUAACGGCGAGCGCACAUCGGCCGGUGGCGAGGCGUUCCGCUACGGCGCCAACGUCACCUUCUUCUGCCCUGACGGUUUCGAGCUAGUGGGAUCAAAUUUGGCGAGGUGCGUGCUGGGCGAUUCACCCCAAGAAGUGAGGUGGGACGAGCCGGUGCCGCAGUGCAGAUAUUGGCCGAUAUCAACGACACCAAACUCUGGGUCAGGUGACGAUGAAGAAUCGGGCACUAGCAGUGCAGGAAAAGUAGCUGGGAUAGUCUUGGCCUUAGUCGUAUUGCUACUACUUGUUGGUAUUUUUAUCGUAUUUAUCAUACGAAAAAGGAGGCGAAGACUUGACAAACAGGGAAACACAACUGCUGGGGAUCAUCAAGGCAAUACCUACUCCGAGCCACAUGGUGUGCCGAGGUACCAGACCUCCCCCAACGCUAACACAGAGUACCAGGACCUUGCCCCGCCAUUAAAGGACGAGGAAGGACCGUACACAUUGCUGCGGAAGCCCGGCUCGCAUCAGUCCUCGGAGAGAGACAUCCCGGAGUAUCUUGAGCUUUACCCCGAUUGCCAGGACGGCAGCUCCCCCGUCAACGCUAAGUGGACCGACAACCGAAUCGUCAUCGCCAAGCCACCGGUGGCAGCCAGGCAGAAGGCCUCGCGGGUCGACAAGGCACGCCUGCCGAGUCCAGAGGUUAACGAGAACGAGUAUUCGUAUGUGGACGCGUCCAGGUUCAGCGGCGACGCCCAGGUGCUUCAGGGAGCACAGCCCCGGGAAUCGAAGCCAAUGGAGGCAGAGGAGGUUGCUGGGGAGGAUUCUGUGUACUACAGCCUCCCACCCGAUGCACGGUAGCGAACAGAAAAGGAAGCCAUCUGACAGGAAAAUCGAAACUGAGUUCUCAGUCACUGACAGUGGCAGACAUACGCAUGUUGUGGAGAUCUACUUCUCGGGCUUAGUGCCCGUUCAAAACAUACCCUCAAAUAGUCGUGAACUGCAAAGACGAGAUGGAAGCUGCAAUGUCACACCUUUAAAAGGAGGGAAUAGGCCUAUAUGCUGAUGACAUCAAACGUUGUUUACAUACGCACUUUUCUAUGGAGCCAGUUAGUGUCCACUGUCCACUGAGCGCUGUAGGAAAGCACACACGUGAUUAAGUGUGGCCUCAUCAGGACCAAGGUCUGUUCCAGAUAAGAAUAACUUGGUUAUAACUUGAAUUCUACUCUCUUCAACUCCCGCCACCAAACUGCGCUGAUUUUUACUUCAAUUUUGAGCACACUGAUCACAGGAGAUGUUCAUGAUGUUUAAUAAAGGAAGUUUCCAAUGUGUGUCCGCGUGGAUUACGUAAAAAGGUCAACAACUCUGGGACGAGUCGGGAAAAAUUACACUGUUCAUCUUCCUGUGGAACUGAUCGAGGAGAUUUUUAGUGUCAUGGGACAUACUGUUUUUAUAACUUAGAAAAGAGCUUUAUGUGAGCCAUGAAUUUCUCUUUAAUAAAGGCGGAUAUCAUUUCACUUAAGUUAAACUUCACGACACGACCCGACCGUCGUGUACAGUACUUCCAACUAUUUUCCUACUUUAACCUGUGCUCAGAAUUUCACUGUUGUCUGUUUUUAUUGAUUUCACUGAGAGUGUUGGGACCUUUGGCCGUGUUGUACCUUACUUAAUGAUUCAUUUUAGUAGUGACGUGUAGUAAAUUCAUUAUUUUUUUAUAUUUUGCACACACAAAUUAAACCAGGAGGCCUACAUUAUUUCGCUAAUUCGUGUCAGGGCCUCAAGAUAUUUCAGCUUUUGUUUUUGUUUUUUUUUAAACAAGAUUGCUUUGAGGGAAAAUGAGGAGGACCCUUUGAACUCAUCUGUUACAUGCUUGACUCGGUCCGCAGAAGAUUGAUAACUACAUAUAGCAGGUGCAUGCGAGGCUGGGAGUUCGAAGAGACCUGGACUUCUCGAAGGUCUAAGUUUUAUGAGACACAGGCAUCCAAGAAACUGUGUGCUCUUCAAUCAAAUGAAAACGGUCCGGGGCAAGACACCUUAAGUGUUGCAGUAUGAAAUUCUGCACUGAAUCAAACACAGGUUAUGUGCCACACUGCGCAGUCCACAUGUUGCAACUUACGGCCUUUUUGAAGCAUGACGACACAAGAGAAGGGCGCUAUUUGAGGAGGGUAAAUUUGGAGUAAUAACACAAGAUAUUUUACCCAAACCAACUAUCGCCCUCCUAUUGUAACCACAUACCCCCAAAAUGACAGCGUACAUUUUUAGGCUGAGAGUCAGUAUCCAGAAAAAAAGGCCGUAUUUCAUGGGAGAUGAGCGUGCUUAUGACGCAUGGUAAAUAAAUAAUGCAUUGGUUACGGUUCAUUUCCACCACUGUGGGUCUGUUUUUGUACAUGUAAAAAUACUAUGCUUUCGUGUGUGUUUAUAGAUAACCCUUACUCACAAGGCCAUGUUGUUCUGAAGCGGGAAGCAUACUGCUUCGUCAUUUUCUGGUUGAGGUCGUGCAAAAGGACUGGGGACUUUUGUAUGAUUUGGUUUCGUUUUUGGUUGCUUGUUGGAGGUGUUUCUUUGCAUGUUUAUUUACAUUUAUUAUUGUGGUAGCGUUAUGGCAAAUAUUUUCGCGCUACUGUUUUGUGACAAAGCAGACAAAACAGAGAAAGUGAAAGGAAAAAUAUGCUUUCCAUGUAACAGUCGAAAUCGUGCAUGGAAAGACUGUCACUGUAUGUAGCCUCAUGACUGUUUUGAGGGAUGAUCAUCUCUGGUCUUCAACAGUCAUCGGUUAAGCCCCGAAAAUUGAUAGGAAAAUGAUAGAUGUGGAAAUGAACUUUAAUUUGAUACGUGUCUCGAACACCUGAGAAACUUGUAUUUUCCCCGAUUGUUUGAAGUUUGGGUAUUUAUUCCUGUUGUUAACCUAUAGACUUUUCAGUCCACUCACGUCAUUCCUUCCAGUGAAGGAAAUGGGUAAAUGACGUGGAAACGAAGAUACUGACAACAUAAUUACAGAAAGUUGCGCAUAAGGGCAUGCAAAUACUAAUAAACUAUAGAGAG